AUGCACAAUAAUGAAAGCAUUAAACAUAACCGUCUGAACCAAUUUUUAAUUUCUACACAUGACUACAAUCCAAUCAAAAAAAUUGCAAAUGGUGUCAAGAAAACUUUAAGAGAUAACAUUUUCUCCAAAAACGUCUAUAACGUUCGAAAAGAAGAAUUAAAGCAGUUUAAAAACGCAACUGCAACUUUCUCAUACGAAAUUUUUAAAACUGAUCUAGAUGAAGUAAAAAAACUACAACAGAAGUUCAUGAAUAUAACUAGUGAAGAAAAGAAAGAUAUUAAUAAAGAAUCGGUGGAAGCUGAUACUGAUGAAGCUGUUAAAAACAUCGAGGAAGUAGUUUCAGCUGCAAAUAGUAAUGUUAACAAGCUGUUGCACGAAGCUUUGUCAAAUAUUAAAGACAAUUCUAAUAGAAGAUUUAAAUGUUUUCUAGCUGAAAUUAUUGCAUACAGCAUAAUUGCUUUGGAAGAGGUUCAAACUCAAUGCGAAGAAAAUAUCGAUGAAAUGGCUACCAACGUGAAAACUAUUUUGAAAAAUAACUCCCAGAAAACCAUUGCCAGAGAAAAAGAUUUAAAAGAAACCAAUGCAGCCUUGAAUGCUGAACUGAAUAAAUGCAUAUCAUCUGCUAGGAUGUUGGAGGGAAAGUAUCUAGAGUUAUUAGAUUCUGCUGAAAGAAGGAUUUAUGAUCAAGAAAUGCUUAUAGGGGCUUUAAAAGAAGAAAUAAAUGCAAUGGAAAUAAGUAGCAGCAUGGAAAAAGUUUUAAGAAAACAGAAAAAAUAGAUAUUGUAGUUUCUAUAUUGAUAAUGUUU